CACACACACACAGACACACACACAUGCACACACACACACAACAGCAACAACCUCCCCCCUGCAGCCCCCCAAGCAAACAAAAACCCAAAGACAAGUUCACUGGCGGAAGAUGGUGGAUUGACACUGACUCAGACACAGGCAGGUUCACAGGAAAUCUGGCCGCCCCGGUUCUGACAGUUGCAUAUUUCCUCUCCCUGAGUCCUUCUCUCCCCCCACCCCCUCUUUUUUUUUUUUUUUUAUUAACUCUGUUCCAUGUUUAAUCAAGGAUCAUGUAGAUGGCAAAAGGAGAGACAGAGGGAGCAGGGAGAGGAGGAGAGAGGAGGCAGAGAGGAAGCCAGAGAGACAAGAGACAAGAAGGAAGGGUGGUUUUGGGUGUUUUUUUUUUUCUCCUCUUUUUUUUUAUUGUGUUCUCCAGGAUUUCCAGUGGCUUGAUCCCCAUAAACGUGGGGGUGCUUGAGGCUCCUAUGUAGUGUUCUAUUUGUAGUCGGGUGAAUGGAUGGGGGAGUCAGGGAGAGGCUGCGGCUGCCGCUGCUGCCGCCUUCUCGCCGGGUGUUGCUUAGAUUGAGGCUGAGACUUGGCUGCGAUUGGGACGCCACUGUGACACGGGCAUCGAUCGCUUCCAUUGAGAGCCAUGCACAAACACAGCCCGGGUCCCUGACAGGCUGGAUGAAAUGAGAUCCCCAUGUAGCGAUUGCCAUGGAAACCUGUGACUCCCCUCCUAUCUCAAGGCAGGAAAAUGGGCAGAGCACAUCAAAGCUGUGUGCGGCAGCGGCAGCGACACAACUUGAUAAUGAGGUGCCAGAGAAAGUUGCAGGCAUGGAGCCUGACAGGGAGCACGGCUCCUCUGCGGCCGAUGGCAACCUGAACGCCAACGAGGCCUCAGCCGAGGAGCAGCAGCAGCAGCAGCAGCAGCAGCGAGGCCCCCAGGACGGCUUGCUGGGCCUGGGCCUGGGCCUGGGCCUGGGCCUGGGCAGCGGCCAGCAUGCCCCCUCGGGCCCUCAGCUGGCCACAGCCAAGGAGAUCCCAUGCCACGAGUGCGCCGGCUCCUUCCCCAGCCUGCAGAAGUACAUGGAGCACCACUGCCCCAACGCCCGCCUGCCCGUCCUGAGGGAUGACCACGACAGCGAGGCCAGCGAGCUGGAGGACAGCGACGUGGAGAACCUCACCGGGGAGAUCGUGUACCAGCCCGACGGCUCGGCCUACAUCAUCGAGGACCCCAAGGAGGCCGGGGGUCCCCAUGCACCUGCAGCCACCGCCACCUCCACCUCCACCUCCACCGCCGGGGUGCACGGCCAGCUGCUCUCGGCCGCCCGCUUCCUGGACUCCCUGGCCGCCGCCGCUGCAGGGGGGGACCAGGGCGACCAGGCGGCCCCCGCCCCGCUGUCCUUCUACCCGCAGAUCAUCAACACCUUCCACAUCGCUUCGUCGUCGUCCCUCGGGAGGCCCUUCCCGGCCGACCAGGCCUUCCCAAAUACCUCAGCCUUGGCAGGAGCCGGCCCGGUGCUGCACAGCUUCAGAGUCUACGACCUGCGGCACCAGCGAGACCAGGACUAUCUCGCCAGCGACGGCUCGGCCAAGCACAAGUGCGUGUCCAAAGAUGUGCCCCCCGGCGGCCCGGACCCGGACCCGGACCCGGACCUGGACCUGGACCUGUCCCGGUUCGACGGCGGCGUGAGCGACGGCCGGAGGAAGCCCGUGCUCAUGUGCUUCCUGUGCAAGCUCAGCUUCGGCUACACGCGCUCCUUCGUGUCGCACGCCGUGCACGACCACCGCCUGGCGCUCAACGCGGGCGAGCAGCGGCUGCUGCGCGGCAAGGGCGUCUCCGCCAUCAUCCAGGGCAUCGGCAAAGACAAGGAACCUCUGAUCAGCUUUCUGGAACCAAAAAAACCCACCCCCUCCGCCCUCCCCCACUUUUCCACCGCAAACCUCAUCGGCCCCCCGGACCCGGCCGCCGCCUCCGCCGCUGCUGCCGCUGCCGCCGCCGCCGCCUUCCGCGGCCUCUGGGGCGCGUUCCGCGUGGAGAACGGGGACCCCCUGCCCCCGCCCCCGCCGCCCCCCCAGCCGCCGGGCUUUGCCUUCUUAAAAGGGAGCUCGUCGGGGGGCCUGGCGUCCUCCCUGUCGUCCUCGUCCUCCAGCCCAGCAGCUGAGCUGGGGGUCCCCCCGAUGAUGCCAAAGGCGGACCCUGCAAACCUGGGGGGGCUGUCGUCCAGCCUCGUCGCCAACACCCCGAAUACCUCCGUGUCCCUCGGCCACCCAGCAGCGUCCGAGGCCAGCAAGAUGCCCGAGGGCAGCAAAGACCAAGAGAACAGCUGUGAACGGCCCCAGGGGAGCCCCGCGGGGCGCCCGGGUGGGGGCGGCACCGUUACCCCAGAUUGCCCGGUCAAACGCGAGCCCCCCGAGGCGGCCGACGAGGACGAGGAGGAGGAGGAGGACGCCUUCUCCUCCAAUGACCUGGACGAUGACGAGGAGGCGAUGGGCGAACUCGCCGAUCACAGUAUGGGCCACAAAGAUUUCCCGCUCUUAAACCAAAGCAUUUCUCCUCUGUCCUCCAGCAGCAGCGUGCUAAAGUUCAUCGACAAGGGCCCCCCGUCCUCCUCCUCCUCCUCUUCCUCCUCCUCCUCCGAGGACCCCGAGAAGAAGAAGCAGCAGCAGCAGGUGGCUGCCCCCCGGGCCCAUCCCUAUGGCCUGGGGGGCAAGGACGGGGCCCCGGAGGCCGGGGGUGCCGGGAAGGACAGCGCCCCGGCCCCCCAAGCCCCCCAUCCCUGCGACCCGGGCCGGGGGGCCGCUGAGGAGGACAGCGGCGCGGCCCCCCCUCACCAGCACCACCACCACCCCGGCUUCGCGCCCAGCGCGCCCGGCACCCCGGGGCCCGGAGGGGGGGACGGCUCCCCCGGCGGCGGCAGCGGCAUCGAGUGUCCCAAGUGCGACACGGUGCUGGGGUCCUCGCGCUCCCUGGGCGGCCACAUGACCAUGAUGCACUCCAGGAACUCGUGCAAGACCCUCAAGUGUCCCAAGUGCAACUGGCACUACAAGUACCAGCAGACGCUGGAGGCGCACAUGAAGGAGAAGCACCCGGAGCCGGGGGGCUCGUGCGCGUACUGCAAGACGGGCCAGCCGCACCCCAGGCUGGCCCGCGGCGAGAGCUACACGUGCGGCUACAAGCCCUUCCGCUGCGAGGUGUGCAACUACUCCACCACCACCAAAGGCAACCUCAGCAUCCACAUGCAGUCCGACAAGCACCUCAACAACGUGCAGAACCUGCAGAACGGCGGCACGGGCGAGCAGGUGUUCGGCCACGCCGCCGCCUCCGUGUCCGCCCCCAACGCCGGCCUGGGCGGCGGCUGCGGGACCCCGUCCCCAUCCAAGCCCAAGCAGAAGCCCACCUGGCGCUGCGAGGUGUGCGACUACGAGACCAACGUGGCCAGGAACCUCCGCAUCCACAUGACCAGCGAGAAGCACAUGCACAACAUGAUGCUCCUGCAGCAGAACAUGAAGCAGAUCCAGCACAACCUGCACCUGGGCCUGGCGCCGGCCGAGGCCGAGCUCUACCAGUACUACCUGGCCCAGAACAUCGGCCUGACCGGCAUGAAGCUGGAGAGCCCCGCCGACCCGCAGCUGAUGCUCAGCCCCUUCCAGCUGGACCCGGCCACGGCCGCCGCCCUGGCCCCCGGACUCGUAAAUAAUGAGCUGCCGCCUGAAAUCCGGCUUGCCAGUGGUCAGCUAAUGGGUGAUGACCUGUCCCUCCUUACUGCAGGAGAGCUGUCACCUUAUAUCAGUGACCCGGCAUUGAAGCUCUUCCAGUGUGCUGUGUGCAACAAAUUCACCUCUGACAGCCUGGAGGCCCUGAGCGUGCAUGUGAGCAGCGAGCGCGCCCUCCCCGAAGAGGAAUGGAGGGCUGUAAUUGGAGACAUCUACCAGUGCAAGCUCUGCAACUACAACACGCAGCUCAAAGCCAACUUCCAGCUCCACUGCAAGACCGACAAGCACAUGCAGAAGUACCAGCUGGUGGCUCACAUCAAGGAGGGAGGCAAAAGCAACGAGUGGAGGCUCAAGUGCAUCGCCAUUGGCAACCCCGUGCACCUGAAGUGCAACGCCUGCGACUACUACACCAACAGCGUGGAUAAGUUACGCCUGCACACCACCAACCACAGGCACGAGGCGGCCCUGAAACUGUACAAGCACCUGCAGAAGCAAGAGAGCGCCGCCAACCCGGAGUCCUGCUAUUACUACUGCGCCGUGUGCGACUACUCCACCAAGGUCAAGCUCAACCUGGUGCAGCACGUGCGCUCCGUGAAGCAUCAGCAGACCGAGGGCCUGCGCAAGCUCCAGCUCCACCAGCAGGGCCUGGCCCCCGAGGACGACAACCUUGGCGAGAUCUUCUUCGUGAAAGACUGCCCACCGAGUGAGCUCGAAUCUGCCUCUUUGGGAGCCAGGGCCUGUGAAGAUGACCUGUCAGAGCAGCCGCUGAGAGUGACCUCAGAAGAACCAAGUGAGGAGCCAGAAGGACCUCUGAAGCCGACACCGGCGGCCGAGGAGGAUGAGAAAGACACAAACGAGAGGGACCCUGGUGAAGGCAAAAACUCCUCCAGUAAAGACCCCGGAAUAAUCACACCGGAGAAGGAGCUGAAGGUCUGUGUGGCGGGAGCGACCCAGCCACUCCUGCUGGCGAAGGAAGAAGAUGUCACAACCAAACGGUCAAAAGCUACAGAGGACAGUAAAUUCUGUCCCGAACAGUUCUAUCAGUGUCCUUAUUGUAACUACAAUAGUAGGGACCAAAGCCGCAUCCAGAUGCACGUCCUGUCGCAGCACUCGGUGCAGCCGGUGGUCUGCUGUCCCCUCUGCCAGGACGUCCUCAGCAACAAGAUGCACCUGCAGCUGCACCUGACGCACCUGCACAGCGUGUCCCCGGACUGCGUGGAGAAGCUGCUCAUGACAGUGCCUGUGCCAGAUAUGAUGAUGCCAAACAGUUUGCUGCUGCCAGCAGCUGCCUCUGAGAAGUCGGAGCGGGACACGCCGGCAGCCGGCAUGGCCGAGGGGGCUGGGAGAUAUUCAGGUGAGAGUCCAGUGGAUGACAAGAGCAUGGCAGGUCUUGACGAUGCCAAGGCCGGCGUGGAAAUCAAGAGUGAGGAGCAGAAACCAGCCAGAGAGCCCGUGGACGCGUCCGAGUGGAGCAAACACGGCAGCAAGGACGCGAAGAUCCCGGACGCCCUGGCGGACCCGCUGAGCGAGCAGCAGAAGCGGCAGCCGCUGGCGGUGUCCGACCGCCACGUGUACAAGUUCCGCUGCAACCACUGCAGCCUGGCCUUCAAGACCAUGCAGAAGCUCCAGAUCCAUUCCCAGUACCACGCCAUCCGCGCCGCCACCAUGUGCAGCCUCUGCCAGCGCAGCUUCCGCACAUUCCAGGCUUUAAAAAAACACCUGGAGGCCGGCCACCCCGAGCUGGGCGAGGCCGAGCUCCAGCAGCUGUACGCCUCCCUGCCCGUCAACGGGGAGCUGUGGGCCGAGGGCGAGCCCGCGGCCCCCGACGACCCCGCCCUGGAGCAGGAGAUGGAGAGGGAGUACGAGGUGGACCCGGAGGGGAAGGCCAGCCCCGUGGGGAGCGACAGCAGCUCCCUGCCCGACGACAUGGGCUCCGAGCCAAAGCGGACCCUGCCCUUCCGGAAAGGGCCCAACUUCACCAUGGAGAAGUUCCUCGACCCGUCCCGCCCGUACAAGUGCACCGUGUGCAAGGAGUCCUUCACCCAGAAGAACAUCCUCCUGGUCCAUUACAAUUCCGUGUCGCACCUGCACAAGCUGAAGAAGGUGCUGCAGGAGGCCUCCAGCCCCGUGCCCCAGGAGCCCGGCGGCGGUGGCGGCGCCGACAACAAGCCCUACAAGUGCGGCGUCUGCAACGUGGCCUACAGCCAGAGCUCCACCCUGGAGAUCCACAUGCGCUCCGUGCUGCACCAGACCAAGGCCCGGGCCGCCAAGCUGGAGCCCGGCGGCGCCCACGGCCUGGGCCAGGCCGGCGUGGGCAGCCCCGGCCCGGGCAUGCUCGAGUCCAUGAGCUUAGCCUCCUCCGUCAGCAGCAAAGAUACCCACUUAGAUGCCAAAGAAUUGACUAAGAAGCAGACCCCUCCGGAGCUGCUAUCGGCGCAGCCGUCCCCGCACCACCCGCCGCCGCAGUCCCCGGCGGCGCAGCUGCAGAUGCAGCUCCAGCACGAGCUGCAGCAGCAGGCCGCCUUCUUCCAGCCGCAGUUCCUCAACCCUGCCUUCCUGCCGCACUUCCCCAUGACCCCCGAGGCGCUGCUCCAGUUCCAGCAGCCGCAGUUCCUCUUCCCCUUCUACAUCCCCGGCGCCGCCGAGUUCAGCCUGGGCCCCGAGCUGGGCCUGCCGGGCUCGGCUGCCGCCUUCGGGAUGCCCGGCAUGGCCGCGGGCAUGGCGGGGUCCCUGCUGGAGGACCUGAAGCAGCAGAUCCAGACGCAGCACCACGUGGGCCAGACCCAGCUGCAGCUCCUGCAGCAGCAGGCCCAGCAGUACCAGCCCCCGCUGCCGGCCCAGAAGCCCGCCCCGCAGCAGCCUCUGCAGCCGCCGGCCAGCAAGCUCCUGAAGCCGGACCAGGCCGCCACCCUGGCCGGGGGGGCCGAGGGCCCGGCCGCCAAGGACGGCCCGGCUUACAAGGAGGCCGAAGACGGUGCAGACAAGCAAGACAAACCAAAGCAAGACUUCGCCGGGGACGGGGAGGGGCCCAAAGAAGGCAGAGACGCCAAGAAGCCCAAGUCCCUGGAGCCAUCGAUCCCGCCGCCCCGGAUCGCCUCCGGGGCCCGGGGCAACGCGGCCAAGGCCCUGCUGGAGAACUUCGGCUUCGAGCUGGUCAUCCAGUACAACGAGAACCGGCAGAAGGCGCAGAAGAAGGGCCGGGGCGGCGGCGGCGGGGACGGGGACGGCUCCGGCGCGGACAAGCUGGAGUGCGGCACCUGCGGCAAGCUCUUCUCCAACGUGCUCAUCCUCAAGAGCCACCAGGAGCACGUGCACGGCCAGUUCUUCCCCCGCGGCGCCCUCGAGAGCUUCGCCCGCCAGUACCGGGAGGCCUACGACAAGCUCUACCCCAUCGCGCCGCCCUCGCCCGAGACCCCGCCGCCUCCCCCUCCUCCGCCGCCCCCGCCUGCCCCGCUGCCCCCGGGGGGGCCCCCUCAGCCGUCCCCUCUGGGGUCCGUGAAAAUGCCCAGCUCCGGGGUGUCCGCUCCCCUGCAGGCCCCGCCCCCCACGCCCCCUCCACCCCCGCCGCCCCCUCCGCCUCCCCCGCCGCCUCCCCCUCCUCCGCCGCCCCCCUCGGCUGCGCCCCCGCCGCAGGUGCAGCUGCCCGUGUCCCUGGACCUGCCCCUCUUCCCGUCCAUCCUGAUGCAGCCCGUGCAGCACCCGGCGGCCGCGCUGCCCCCGCCGCUGGCCCUGCAGCUGCCCCCGCCCCAGCUGGACGCGCUGUCCGCCGCCGACCUGGCGCAGCUGUGCCAGCAGCAGCUCGGCCUGGACGCCGGCGGCUUCCUGCGCCACUCGGCGCAGUUCAAGCGGCCUCGGACCCGCAUCACCGACGACCAGCUCAAGGUCCUGCGGGCCUACUUCGACAUCAACAACUCGCCGGGCGAGGAGCAGGUGCAGGAGAUGGCGGAGAAGUCGGGCCUGUCGCAGAAGGUCAUCAAGCACUGGUUCCGCAACACGCUCUUCAAGGAGCGCCAGCGCAACAAGGACUCGCCCUACAACUUCAGCAACCCGCCCGUCACGGCGCUGGAGGAGCUGCGCCUGGAGCCGCCGCCGCCCUCGCCGCUGGAGCCCCCCUACAGUAAGGGGGACCCCGCCUUCAGCAAGCGCUCCUCUCGCACGCGCUUCACCGACUACCAGCUGCGCGUCCUGCAGGACUUCUUCGACACCAACGCCUACCCCAAGGACGACGAGAUCGAGCAGCUCUCGGCCGUCCUCAACCUGCCCACGCGCGUCAUCGUGGUGUGGUUCCAGAACGCGCGGCAGAAGGCGCGCAAGAGCUUCGAGAACCAGGCGGAGGCGCGGGAGGGCGGCGGCAGCGGGGACAAGCGCGAGCUGACGGCCGAGCGCUACGUGCGCACGGGCGGCGGGCAGUACCAAUGCAAGAAGUGCGCCGCCGCCUUCGCGCGCAUCUUCGACCUCAUCACGCACCAGAAGCGGCAGUGCUACAAGGACGAGGACGACGAAGCCGCCGGGCAGGAUGAGAGCCAGACCGAGGACUCCAUGGACGCCACCGACCAGCUGGUGUUCAGGCACUGCGCCUCCUCCUCCUCCUCCUCGGGUCAAGGGGACGCGGCCAGAGGCGCCACCACGGCCCCCGCAGCGGGCAGCUCCGGCUCCGGCACGAGCACCCCUCUGAUGUCGUCGCCCAAGCCCGAGCCCCCCGAGAAGACCUCCCCCAAGCCUGAGUACCCCGCAGAGAAGCCAAAGCAGAGCGAGCCCUCCCCCCCUGCGCAAGGCCCCAAGUCGGCCCCAUCCUCGGUGUCCACCUCCUCCUCGGACCCACCGCAGGCUUCAGGGGCCCAGGCCCAGCCCAAGCUGUCCAUGGGGAGGCCCCCCUCGGCCUCGCAGACGCCGGUGCCCGUGCCGUCCAGCCCCCUGCCGCUGCCCCUGGCGCCCCUGCAGAACAGCCUACCUCCGCCGCAGCUGCUCCAGUACCAGUGCGACCAGUGUGCCGUGGCCUUCGCCAGCCCCGAGCUCUGGCAGGAGCACCAGCACAUGCACUUCCUGGCCGCCCAGAACCAGUUCCUGCACUCGCCCUUCCUGGAGAGGCCGCUGGACAUGCCCUACAUGAUCUUCGACCCCAACAGCCCCCUGAUGGCCACCGGGCAGCUGCUGGGCGGGUCCCUGGCCCCGAUGGCACCCCAGGGGGGCGCCUCCCACCUUGCGGGCCCCGCUGCUGCAGCCGCGGCGGCCUCGCUGAAGCGGAAGCUGGAGGACAAGGAGGACCCGGCCCCCUGCAGCAGCGAGAAGGACGCGGGGGGCGCCGGCGGCGAGGACCAGCACCGCGACAAGCGCCUGCGCACCACCAUCACGCCCGAGCAGCUGGAGGUGCUCUACGACAAGUACCUGCUGGACUCGAACCCCACCCGCAAGAUGCUGGACCACAUCGCGCGCGAGGUGGGCCUCAAGAAGCGCGUGGUGCAGGUCUGGUUCCAGAACACACGCGCCCGCGAGCGCAAGGGCCAGUUCCGCGCCGUGGGCCCCGCCGCGCAGUCCCACCGGCGCUGCCCCUUCUGCCGCGCGCUCUUCAAGGCCAAGUCCGCGCUGGAGAGCCACGUGCGCUCCCGCCACUGGAGCGAGGGCAAGCCGGCGGGCUACAGCCUGCCCCCCAGCCCGCUGCUGGCCGCUGAGGACGGCGGCGAGAGCCCCCAGAAAUACAUCUACUUCGACUACCCGCCGCUGCCGCUGGCCAAGGGCGACCCGUCGAGCGAGAACGAGCUGGCGUCCACCGCGUCCACGCCCGCGAGCAAGACGGCCGAGCUGUCCCCCAAGCGCCUGCUCAGCCCCUCGUCGUCGUCCUUCAAGGCCGAGGGCCCCGAGGAUGGGGAGACCCUGGGCGCCCCUCCCGCCGCCGCCGAGGCCGCCUACGACCCGAGCAAAGCGGCCGCGGACUUGGACGAGACGUCGUCCGUGACCACAGCCCUCAGCGACGCAUCCACGGGCGACGAGGCCGGCGCCGAGGUGGAGAGCACCCUGGGGGGCUCCGGGGACGGGGGGAAGCCGGCCCUGUCCCCCAAAGAGCCCAGAGCCCUCGAUGCAUUGCCAAAAACCGCCGCCGCCACUCCCCCCGCGGAGGCGUGCGAGGAGGAGAAGUUCCUCUUCGCCCUCACCAGCCCCUCCUCCGUGCACUUCAGCGACAAGGACAUGGGCGACCAGGACCAAAGCUUCUACAUCACCGACGACCCCGACGACGCCGCCGACCGCAGCGAGACGUCCAGCAUCGCCGACCCGAGCUCGCCGAACCCCUUCGGGUCCGGGUCCGGGUCCGGUGGCAGCAACCCUUUCAAGUCCAAAAGCAGCAGCAGCAAUGACCACCACCGGCCAGGCCACAAGCGGUUCCGGACUCAGAUGAGCAACCUGCAGCUCAAGGUGCUCAAGGCGUGCUUCGGGGACUACCGCACGCCCACCAUGCAGGAGUGCGAGCUGCUGGGCAGCGAGAUCGGCCUGCCCAAGCGCGUGGUGCAGGUGUGGUUCCAGAACGCGCGCGCCAAGGAGAAGAAGUUCAAGGUCAACAUCGGGAAGCCGUUCACGGUCACCCAGGGCGGCGGUGGGGGCGAGGGCACCAAGCCCGAGUGCGCGCUGUGCGCCGUCAAGUACUCGGCCCGCCUGUCCAUCCGGGACCACAUCUUCUCCAAACAGCACAUCGCCAAGGUGAGGGAGACGGUGGGCAGCCAGCUGGACCGGGAGAAGGACUACCUGGCGCCCACCACCGUGCGGCAGCUCAUGGCGCAGCAGGAGCUCGACCGCAUCAAGAAAGCGUCGGACGUGCUGGGCCUGGCGGUGCAGCAGCCCGGCGUGGUGGACAGCGGCCCGCUCCACGGCAUCGGCCUCCCCGCGGCCUACCCGGGCCUCCCCGGGCUCCCGCCGGUCCUCCUCCCCGGGAUGAACGGGCCGUCCUCCCUGCCCGGGUACCCACAGAACUCAAACACUUUGACGCCUCCCGGCGCAGGCAUGCUUGGGUUCCCCUCUUCAGCCACUCCGUCUCCCGCCCUGUCUCUCAGCAGUGCCCCCGCCAAACCGUUGCUGCAGACUCUACCACCUCCACCUCCUCCUCCAUCCUCUCUGUCAGCACAGCAGACCGAGCCGCAGAACAAAGACCCGGAGAAGAAGCAAAGUAAGCCAAACAAGGUCAAGAAGAUCAAAGAGGAGGAAUUGGAAGCCACCAAACCCGAGAAGCACCCCAAAAAAGAGGAAAAAAUCUCAUCUGCUCUUUCCGUGCUGGGCAAAGUCGUGGGCGAGACCUCGCACGUGGAUCCGACCCAGCUGCAGGCCCUGCAGAACGCCAUCGCCGCGGGCGACCCCGCGUCCUUCCUGGGCGGCCAGUUCCUGCCCUACUUCAUCCCGGGCUUCGCGUCCUACUUCACGCCCCAGCUCCCCGGGGCCGUGCAGGGCGCCUACCUCCCGCCGGUCUGCGGCGUGGAGAGCCUCUUCCCCUACGGGCCCGCCGUGCCCCCGGGCCUGGCCGGCCUGGCCCCGGGCGCCCUGCUCACGCAGUACCAGCAGAGCCUGCAGGACUCCCUGCAGAAGCAGCAGAAGCAGCAGCAGCAGCAGCAGCAAGACCCGCUGCCGCAGAAGCCCGGCCUGGCCAAGGCGCCCAAAGUGGAGAUCAGCGACCCUCCGCCCGGCCCCGGGGAGGCUGCGGACCCCAAGGAAGACCAGGGCGCCGCAGCCGCCGCGGCUGAAAGCACAAAGGAAGAGCCACCCCGGUCCGAGCCCAAGAGCGCGGACUUUGCAGACACUUACGUCGUCCCGUUCGUCAAGUACGAGUUCCUGUGCAGGAAGUGCCAGAUGAUGUUCCCCGAUGAAGACGCCGCGGUCAGCCACCAGAAGUCCUUCUGCUACUUCGGCCAGCCGCUGAUGGACGCCCAGGAGACCGUGCUCCGCGUCCCGGUCAGCAGAUACCAGUGUCUCGCCUGCGACGUGGCCGUCGGUGGGAGUGAAGCCCUCAGCCAACACCUCCAGUCCAGCUUGCACAAAGAGAAAACAAUCAAACAAGCAAUGAGCAAUGCCAAAGAGCAUGUUAGAUUAUUACCUCACUCAGUCUGCUCCCCUCGCCCUAACACCACAUCUACCUCGCCGUCUGCAGCUUCUUCGAAUAACACCUACCCUCAUCUCUCUUGCUUCCCCGUGAAGUCCUGGCCCAAUAUCCUUUUCCAAGCGUCCGCCAGGAAAGCUGCUUCUUCCCUGUCCUCCCCUCCCUCCCCGUCCUUGCCUUCAACGGUUACCUCAAGUCUGUGCAGCACCUCAGGGGUUCAAACCUCACUACCCACAGAAAGUUGUUCAGAUGAGUCUGACAGUGAGCUGAGCCAGAAGCUGGAAGACUUAGAUAAUUCUUUGGAAGUCAAGGCUAAGCCCGCUUCUGGCCUAGAUGGGAAUUUCAAUAGCAUUCGAAUGGAUAUGUUCAGUGUGUAGGAGUGAAGACAGGAUCCCGUGCUUAAAAAAAUAAUAAAAUAAAAAAAAAUUAAAAAAAAAAUAAGACUUUAACUGCAGUUCCAAAGCUUCUCUAAUCCAAAAAUUACAGUACCAAAUGAUUGACUCAGGAUUGUUUCCCAUAUUGAUAUGCUGGCAAUAUAGGAUGGUAUGUAAUGGACAUGGUUGAAUGCGCUUGUAAUAUAUGCUAAAAAUGUGGAAAAGGAAUAAAAAAAAAAAAUCUCACAAGUUUCUUCUGGAAACUUGUUUCAAGCCAAAAAACUCUCAAGAAAGCAAAUUGCACCUCAGCUGGAUUGAUUUCCAAAUGCUAGCAUGGACAGUAUGGGAGGACG